GUUACCAGUGCUAUCUGUGACGGGUUAGUCUCGCAAAAAGAGUUCGCUUUUAAAUUGUACAGUGUUUUCGAAACGAAAUGUGUAGACAAAGCCAGCGAUUAAGCUUUCUCCUUAUUGUGUGCGCCGCUACUCAUAUCCUCGCCACUGAUUUACCGCCUGAAAUUCAAAAAUGUAAAGUUGGCGAUCAUCCAUGUAUCACUGAAAGGAUAAACGAAAUAAUACGUUUGUACCCUAAAGGGAAUUCCACGUACGCUUUGCCAGAUUUCUCAUUAGUAAAACUGAAUAAAGUUACAGCGGCCAAGAAGUCAAGCAAUUCACCAGUGCAGUUAAAUUUUUUUCUUUCCAACUUGGAAGCAAGGGGCGUAGAUAAAUUAAAAGUGCUUAGCAGCAAAGGUUUUGUCAAAGACAUCCAGCAAGUAGAAGUCGAUUUUACUGUACCGUUGCUCAAAAUCAAUGCGCUCUAUGAACUUGAUGGGAAACUACUGUUAUUACCCAUUAAAGGAAAAGGCGAUGUAGAGAUAACAUUUCGCGACGCGCACUAUGUAGUUACACUUGAUGGUGAAUUGGAGAAUCGUCAAGGCAAAAAUUACAUCAAAAUGAAGAAAUUAGCCGUUAUAGUGGAACCAAAGGAUAUAACAUUUAAAUUUGAAAACUUAUUCGAUGGGAAUAAAGAAUUGACGGAUGCUACAAAUAAAGUAUUAACUGACAGCUGGGAAGAUGUCUGGAAUGAAUUGGGUAAAGAUGUCAACAAAGCAUUCUCAGAUGCUGUUCACCUUCUUUUGACGCCAAUAAUGAAUGCAAUAUCGUAUGAUGAUUACUUUGCAGAUUAAAUCUUUAAAUUCUAUUAUUUUACACAUUUCCCCAAAACGUAUAAAUUGGGCUUAUGGUGUGGAGCAUAUGUCACAAUCAUAUAAAUAAAAAUAAAAUUUUGAAUCAAA